CCGCCGGGAGCCGCGGAAACUCUUCCGGGCCAGCGGUUCCCGGGUCGUGCCGGGCCUGAGCCGCUGCUGCAGGGUGACAUCCACGUCUGUGUGUGGAGUGGCCGUGGGGCAUCGUGCCGGCCCCACACGCGGUGCUGCCCCCGAGGUGAUGCUGGCCCCUGCCCCGCCGUCCGGGCCCGCUGAGGCGUGACCGCGGCACCACGGCCCGGCCCACGCGCUGCAGGGUGAUCAUCUACCUCCAGAAGGACAUGUCGGGGGACACCUGCCUGGGGAGCGCCCUGUGCCCGGCCGCGGGCCACAAGCCCAAGGCCGGCGGGCUCAAGGGCAGCAGCCUGGGGAACAAGUACGUGCGGCUCAACGUCGGCGGCUCCCUGUACUACACCACGGUGCAGGUGCUCACCAGGCACGACACCAUGCUCAAAGCCAUGUUCAGCGGCAGGAUGGAGGUGCUUACCGACAAGGAAGGCUGGAUCCUUAUAGACCGUUGUGGGAAGCACUUCGGAACAAUUUUAAACUAUCUCAGAGAUGACACUAUUGCACUUCCAAAACACAGGCAGGAGAUCAAAGCAUUGAUGGCAGAAGCCAAAUACUAUCUCAUCCAGGGCUUAGUGGACAUGUGCCAAGCAGCUCUGCAGGACAAGAAAGACUUGUAUGAGCCUGUCUGCAGCAUCCCUAUAAUCACCUCUCCAAAAGAAGAGGAGAGACUGAUAGAGUCAUCAAUGAAACCUGUUGUUAAACUGCUGUAUAAUAGAAGCAACAAUAAAUACUCCUACACCAGUAACUCAGAUGACAACUUGCUGAAGAACAUCGAGCUGUUUGACAAGCUGUCCCUGCGGUUCAAUGGCAGAGUGCUGUUCAUCAAGGAUGUGAUCGGGGACGAGAUCUGCUGCUGGUCCUUCUAUGGGCAGGGCCGCAAGCUGGCCGAGGUCUGCUGCACCUCCAUCGUCUAUGCCACCGAGAAGAAGCAAACCAAGGUUGAAUUCCCUGAGGCACGAAUUUAUGAGGAAACACUAAAUGUCUUGUUGUACGAGACGCCCCGUGUCCCGGAUAACUCGCUGCUGGAGGCCACGAGCCGCAGCCGGAGCCAGGCCUCGCACAGCGAGGAUGACGAGGGCUUUGAGCUGCGCGACCGCGUGCGCCGCAUCCACGUCAAGAGAUACAGCACCUACGAUGACCGCCAGCUCGGCCACUAGUGUGUCCCUGCAGCAGGGCCUGCUCCAGCCUUCAUCCUUGGACAGGAGGGAAGGAGCCCCUGGACUCUGGCAUUGAUCUUCACGGGGUGCCCCGGCUCCCUAGAGCAGCAAACGGGGAUUUGUGUGCACAAAGCAGCACUGAAGGCCAAGGGCUUGGAGAACUGAGGCGUGCACCUUGUGCUUUACCUGCAGGCUGGCCCCUCUUCCUGCUGGGGAGGGGGGAUUUGGAGCACUGGUUCUCAGUCUGUGGUUGCUCUUUCCUAUCUAAUGAUUUGCCAGUUUUCCCCUUGCUGUGAGCAGAACUGCUCUUCCUGAGUGAGGUGGCAUGGUUUGAAAAGCUCUUUCCAGACAGCUCCUCUUUCAGGGCUUUGUAUCAUGGAACUUACAGUUAUUAAAUCAAGAUACUGAAGAGAGAACUUGAAUGUGGCUGCACUUAGCAGACACUACAUGGGAUAAGCCCCAGGAGAAGCAUUUGGCUGGCCAGUCAGCUGCACCUGUGCUCUCCCACCCCUGUCCCCAGAACACCUGCAAAGGUUUGAGUUCCAGGACAGUGUCUUUAAAACUCAUUGAUUCCAAGGAAAGCCUCUUCCAAAGUGAUAAGAAUCAAGUCAUCAGCCUCCCCAUGUGAAAAAUGGAAAUCUCUGAAAAUGUAAAUGUGUAGGUAAUGUCCUGGAUGAGGGGGAAAUAGGUAUGGUGAGGGAAGAAACCUGAAGUAAGCAAACUUGAGCAGAUUGUGGCAGUGUUGCCCUGGUUGCAUCUUGUCACACUGAAAUCCUGUUUAUACAAACAAGGGCAACCUGGGGAAUUGGUUUCCUCCUGUGGCCUAAAAGUGCUAUUUAAUGUUAAAUUUCUCAAGCAGCAGGGGAAAAGUCACAGUGCCUGGAGAAGUACAGGCUAAACAGUGUUUUCUAAGGCUAGAACAUGUGAAUUCAAGUUCUGUGUUCUGAAUCCCUUCUUGAGUGUAGAAGUUGAAGAAGAAAAACAGCUGUGAAAAUAUUGUUCUAGCUUGGAAUUGCGAGAGGCUUUGGGCACAGGAGAGAGGUGGCUUAUACUGGAUUUUAAACUGGAAUAAUCACUUUUAUUUUGAGUGCUUGGCUGGGUGUUAACUCUACAGGACACUUCAGGAGGUGGGAAUCAAGUCUGCUCUGCAAAUUUGGAAAUUUCUGGAAAUUUUCUGGAAACAGUUUCAAGCUUAGUAUGAAAAGCCAUUAUUGUGUUUUUAAGCAUUUGCUUGUAUGUUUGAGCCGUAGGUAGCAGUUUUGUGACUGUCAUUCAUGGUUAUUCCUGCUGGCUGCCCACUGCCAGGGGUAUGUUGGAUAUGGUCCACAGCUGCUUUUUGUGUUCCUGUGUCAUACUUGAUCACAAAGCUCCAGAUUCCACAUUGGUCAGUCCUGAUCUGCUUUGACCAGUGCCAGAUCUACCUGUAAGAUUUGAAGAAAAUUACUGCAAAAGCCUGACAAGAAAAUAAUCCCCAAUUAAUGCAGGGAGUUCAUAAAGAUAAUAGAGAUGUAGAUGGUUUGGGAGUAACAGAAACAGGGGAGGGGACAAAAAUUAUUUGCACUCAUUUAUGUUUUUGAAAAUUAAGUGGUUGUGGGUUGGUAAGAAAACACUAUCAUAUUUUAGGAUUUUUCUUGCCUCUACAUGUGGCAGGAUUCACUUCAUUCUCCUCACAUUCUGGAAGCUGCAUUGCACAGGGAUGCACUUGUCUAUUUGUGAAAGGCCUCUUGAAAUUUCUAAUAAACCUAACAACCUCUUUUAUUCUGCUUUCUGUAAGUUUUUGUUUUCCAGCUGGCUAUUCUGUCGUGCCAGGGAAAAUACAGCUGAGAUUAGUUACAACAAAAAUUCUUCUCUAAUUCUGCUAGAGUGUGAUGUGGAUUUUUAAAUUUUUUUCCCUCCACUGAUGCUGUUUAAUUUGAAGGCACCAGCAGAGGCUGCCGUGAUGGGGUCUUUGUGCUACAUUUAAUAGCUUCAAGUUAUUAACUUUUGCUUUUUCUGUCUCGUAACAAAGGCUGAUGCCAUUUAAAAAACACAUGUGGCACUUCUGUUUCUUGGCAAAUGAUUUAUAUUGUUUUUUUCUUGUCACUAUUGUAGUGAAUGUUAACAGAGUAAGUGAUGCUGAUAGACUUGCAAAACUGCAUUUAAAUGAAGUUAUAAGCAGAAAAAAUGUCAUAUUUGCAUUUAUUUUUUUCUGGGGAGGACAGGUAUGGGAGUGAGUGUGUGAAAGAGAACAUCGGAGCUGUGUGCUACUCCAGAGGCUUUCUUAACUCAGAGGAUUCAUUAACAAAACGGAUCCAACUUGUGAAUUAUUACACUGUAGUAAGCAGAGAAAAGCCUGUGUUUUGGUUUAGUUUUCCUUUCCCUACUUCCCACAGCCAAAAAGUAGUAGUAAUUUCUGAUUUGAAUUUAGAUUAAUUAACCUGGGAGGCAAACAGUUUUGAGAACCAUCUGGGUUGUGAGAAUCUUUUACCAAGUGCAAAGGAUCUUGGCAGUUGUGGAAUGUGGAGUAUCAGUAGGAACUGCCAGCAGUUAUAAAUGUGUUUAAAAUA